AUUCUUAAAGUUGAGUGUUCUUGAUUGGGGGUAGGUAGGAUUGAAGCAUUUGGGCUCUGGGUUUUAUUGGAGCUAUGGAAACAGAGCAAUCGCUGGGGAGCUCUCUCCCUGUUCCUUGUGUUCAGGAGUUGGCAAAGGAGACGAUGGCGACAGUGCCGCCGCGGAAUGUGCGUCCCGAUCAGGACCCUCCAAACAUAUCCGACACCACUUGUUUACCCCAAGUCCCAGUCAUCGACAUGCAGAAGCUUUUCUCCACUGAAUUUAUGGACUCUGAGUGGGAGAAGAUGCACUGCGCAUGCAAAGAAUGGGGUUUCUUCCAGUUGGUGAACCAUGGAGUUAGUUCUUCACUACUAAAGAAGUUGAAGCAUGAGAUUGAAGAAUUCUUCAAGCUUCCCAUGGAAGAGAAAAUGAAAUUCAAGGUAAAGCCAGGUGAUGUUGAAGGCUAUGGAACAGUUAUCAGAUCCAAAGGUCAAAAACUUGACUGGGGUGAUAGAUUCUACAUGACAGUCAACCCUAUUCACAAAAGAAAGCCAUAUUUAUUCCCAGAGCUCCAUCCAUCCUUGAGGGAUACCUUAGAGUCAUACUUGUUGGAGUUGCAAAAGCUUGCCAUGACACUUAUGGUGUUGAUGGGAAAAGCUCUGAAGAUGGAUACAAGAGAGAUUGAGGAGUUGUUUGAAGAUGGGUUGCAAUCAGUAAGGAUGACUUACUAUCCUCCAUGCUCACAACCAGAACUUGUCGUCGGCCUCAGCCCCCACUCCGACCUCACCGGCGUCACCAUCCUCCACCAAGUUAAUGAAGUAGAUGGUCUCCAAAUAAAGACAGAAGGGGGUUGGAUUCCGGUGAGCUUCCUCCCGGAUGCCUUCGUUGUGAACGUAGGAGACAUCAUGGAGAUCUUGAGCAAUGGAGCCUACACCAGCGUUGAGCACAGAGCAACAGUGAAUGCAGAGAAAGAAAGGAUAUCUAUCGCUAUGUUCUUCAACCCCAAAUUGGAUGCAGAGAUAGGGCCAGCAAAAAGUCUUUUAAACACAGAAACCCCACCAUUGUUUAAAAGGAUUGGAAUGGAGGAAUACGUCAAAGAUUACUUCUCCCGUAACAUGAAUGGAAAGUCACUGGACAACAUGAGGAUACAAAUCGGGGAAGGCAACAAUGGUUGA